CAGUUGAUGGACCUGUUCCAGGUCAGAUGGACUCAGGGCCAGUGUACCAUGGGGACUCACGGCAGCUAAGCGCCUCAGGGGCGCCAGUCAAUGGUGCUAGAGAACCUGCUGGACCCAGCCUGCUGGGCGCCGGGAGUCCUUGGCAAGCAGACCAGAAGCCCGGCUGGGACACGGCCCCAGGACCAGCUCACACCGCUCGCCUGGAAGAUGCCCACGACCUGGUGGCCUUUUCGGCUGUGGCCGAAGCUGUGUCCUCUUAUGGAGCCCUUAGCACCCGGCUCUAUGAAACCUUCAACCGUGAGAUGAGUCGUGAGGCUGGGAACAACAGCAGGGGACCCAGGUCCGGGCCCGAGAGCUGCUCUGCCAGCAGUGAAGACCUUGACACGCUGCAGGCGGCGCUGGCCCUCGCGCGGCAUGGCAUGAAACCGCCCAAUUGCAACUGCGACGGCCCGGAGUGCCCUGACUACCUCGAGUGGCUGGAGGGGAAGAUCAAGUCUGUGGUCGUGGAGGGAGGCGAGGAGCGGCCUCGGCUCCCAGGGACUCUGCCUUCUGGGGACGCCGGCCUCCCGGCGCCCAUCACUGGGCCACUCCUCAACGCCGAGGUCCCCCAGAUACCUCCUCUGGAGGGCCUGCCCCUGUCCCAGAGUGCCCUGAGCAUCGCCAAGGAGAAAAACAUCAGCCUGCAGACCGCCAUUGCCAUCGAGGCCCUCACACAACUCUCCUCUGCGCUCCCCCAACCUUCUCAUGCCACCUCCCAGGCUUGCCCGCUUCCCGAGGCCUUGUCCCCUCCUGCCCCUUUCAGAUCUCCCCAGUCCUACCUCCGGGCUCCCUCGUGGCCUGUGGGCCCUCCUGAAGAGCACCCGUCCUUUGCUCCUGACGGCGCUACCUUCCCUGCAGCAACUCCGAGAACAGAGUUUCCUGAGGCCUGGGGCACCGACACCCCACCGGCAACUCCCCAGAGCUCGUGGCCCAUGCCUCGCCCAAGCCCUGACCCCAUGGCUGAACUGGAGCAGUUACUGGGCAGUGCCAGCGAUUACAUCCAGUCAGUAUUCAAGCGGCCCGAGGCCCUGCCCACCAAGCCCAAGGUCAAGGUUGAGGUGCCCUCGUCCUCCCCGUCCCCUGUUCUCCAGAGGGAGGCGCCCACCCCGUCCUCGGAGCCUGACACCCACCAGAAGGCCCAGACGGCCCUGCAGCAGCACCUCCACCAUAAGCGCAGUCUCUUCCUGGAACAGGCCCACGACGCCUCCCGCCCGCCGCCCUCGGAGCUUCCUGCUCCUGGCUGGUGGGCGCCACCCAGCUCACCUGCCCCUCGGCCUUCCGACAGACCACCCAAGGAGAAGAAGAAGAAGCCCCUGGCACCGGCUGGAGGCCCCGUGGGAGCCGACAGAGCUGGCCCUGGGGUCAAGCCCGGUGUCCGGAAGCCCGUUCACAUCAAGAAGUCCAGGCCACGAGAAGCGCAGCCCCUCUUCCCGCCUCUGCGGCAGAUCGUCCUGGAAGGACUGAGGCCCCCAGCCUCUGAGGACGUGCAGGCUCACCCACCUGCCCCCGUGCCCGCCUCACAGGGCUCUGUUGUCCCCCUGCCCCCAGAACCUUCUCUUGCGCUAUUUGCACCUAGUCCCUCCGGGGACAGCCUGCUGGCCCCUACUCAGGAAAUGAGGUCUCCCAGCCCCGUGGCAGCCCUGCACCCAGGCUCCACUGGCCCUCUUCCCCCUGCUGACGACAAGCUGGAAGAGCUCAUCCGGCAGUUUGAGGCUGAAUUUGGGGAUAGCUUUGGGCUUCCCGGCCCCCCGUCUGUGCCCAUUCAGGACGCUGAGAACCAGCCAACUUGUCUCCCAGCCCCCGAGAGCCCUUUUGCUGCCCGCUCUCCCAAGCAAAUCAAGAUCGAGUCUUCAGGGGCUGUGACUGUGCUCUCAACCACCUGCUUCCAUUCAGAGGAGGGAGGCCAGGAGGCCACACCCACCAAGGCCGAGAACCCACUCACACCCACCCUCAGUGGCUUCCUGGAGUCGCCUCUCAAGUACCUGGACACGCCCACCAAGAGUCUGCUGGACACGCCCGCCAAGAGAGCCCAGGCCGAGUUCCCCACCUGUGACUGUGUGGAACAAAUAGUGGAGAAAGAUGAAGGUCCAUAUUAUACUCAUCUGGGAUCUGGCCCCACAGUAGCCUCCAUCCGGGAACUCAUGGAGGAGCGGUACGGAGAGAAGGGGAAAGCCAUCCGGAUCGAGAAGGUCAUCUACACGGGGAAGGAAGGGAAGAGCUCACGUGGCUGCCCCAUCGCAAAGUGGGUGAUCCGCAGGCACACGCUGGAAGAGAAGCUGCUCUGCCUGGUGCGGCACCGGGCGGGCCACCACUGCCAGAACGCCGUGAUCGUCAUCCUCAUCCUGGCCUGGGAGGGCAUCCCCCGCAGUCUCGGAGACACCCUCUACCAGGAGCUCACCGACACCCUCCGGAAGUACGGGAACCCCACCAGCCGGAGAUGUGGCCUCAACGAUGACCGGACCUGCGCUUGCCAAGGCAAAGACCCAAACACCUGUGGUGCCUCCUUCUCCUUCGGUUGUUCCUGGAGCAUGUACUUCAAUGGCUGCAAAUAUGCUCGGAGCAAAACUCCUCGCAAGUUCCGCCUCGCUGGGGACAACCCCAAAGAGGAAGAAGUGCUCCGGAAGAGUUUCCAGGACCUGGCCACCGAAGUUGCCCCCCUGUAUAAGCGGCUGGCGCCCCAGGCCUAUCAGAACCAGGUGACCAAUGAGGAAAUAGCGAUUGAUUGCCGUCUGGGGCUGAAGGAAGGGCGGCCCUUCUCGGGGGUCACAGCCUGCAUGGACUUCUGUGCCCACGCCCACAAGGACCAGCAUAACCUCUACAACGGGUGCACAGUGGUCUGCACCCUGACCAAGGAAGACAAUCGCUGCGUGGGCAAGAUCCCCGAGGACGAGCAGCUGCACGUGCUCCCCCUGUACAAGAUGGCCAGCACGGACGAGUUCGGCAGUGAGGAGAACCAGAACGCCAAGGUGGGCAGCGGGGCCAUCCAGGUGCUCACCGCCUUCCCCCGCGAGGUCCGGCGCCUGCCCGAGCCUGCCAAGUCCUGCCGCCAGCGGCAGCUUGAAGCCAGGAAGGCAGCAGCCGAGAAGAAGAAGAUCCAGAAGGAGAAGCUGAGCACUCCUGAGAAGAUCAAGCAGGAGGCCCUGGAGCUGGCUGGCAUCACCACUGACGCAGGCCUCUCUCUGAAGGCUGGGUUGUCCCAGCAAAGCCUGAAACCCUCCCUCAAGGUGGAGCCGCAGAGCCCCUUCAGCUCCUUCAAGUAUAGCGGCAACACGGUGGUGGAGAGCUACUCGGUGCUGGGCAGCUGCCGGCCCUCCGACCCCUACAGCGUGAACAGUGUGUACUCCUAUCACUCCUACUAUGCACAGCCCGGCCUGGCCUCCGUCAACGGCUUCCACUCCAAGUACGCGCUUCCGUCGUUCAGCUACUACGGCUUCCCGUCCAGCAACCCGGUCUUCCCCUCUCAGUUCCUGGGUGCUGGUGCCUGGGGGCACAGUGGCAGCAGCAGCAGUUUCGAGAAGAAGCCAGACCUCCACGCUCUGCACAACAGCCUGAGCCCAGCCUACGGUGGUGCUGAGUUUGCCGAGCUGCCUGGUCAGGCUGUUCCCACAGACACCCACCACCCCGCUUCUCACCACCAGCAGCCUGCUUAUCCAGGCCCCAAGGAGUAUCUGCUUCCGAAGGCCCCCCAGAUCCACCCAGUGUCCAGGGACCCCUCUCCUUUUGCACAGAGCUCCAAUUGCUACAACAGAUCCAUCAAGCAAGAGCCAGUAGAUCCACUGGUCCACACUGAAUCUGUAUCCAGAGAGCCUGGCAAGAUGGGCAAAACACCUUUGCCUGAGGCAUCUCAGAACGGGGGUCCCAGUCAUCUAUGGGGACAGUACUCAGGAGGCCCAAGCAUGUCCCCCAAAAGGACUAACAGCGUGGGUGGCAGCUGGGGUGUGUUCCCUCCUGUGGAAAGCCCCGCCGUCAUCCCUGAUAAGCUCGGUUCUUUUGGGGGUGCCUGCCUGACCCCUUCCCACUUCCCUGAUGGCCAGCAUCAGUGGGGGUUGUUUCCUGGCGAGGGACAGCAGCCAGCCCCCCAGCCUGCAGGACGGCUGCGAGGCAAGCCGUGGAGCCCCUGCAAGUUUGGAAGCAGCUCCUCGUCCUUGGCUGGGCCCGGCCUGGCUGAGAAGCCCUGGGGGGUGGGGGCAGGGGACUUCAGCUCCGCCCUGAAAGGUGGGCCUGGAUUCCAGGACAAGCUGUGGAGCCCCUUGAAAGGGGAGGAGGGGAGGAUUCCAACCCCGGGAGCGAGCCAGCUGGACAAAGCCUGGCAGUCCUUCGGCAUGCCCCUGGGCCCCAGUGAGAAGCUGUUUGGGGCCCUGAAGUCCGAGGAGAAGCUGUGGGAUCCCUUCAGCCUGGAGGAGGGGACAGCAGAGGGGCCCCCUAACAAGGGGACUGUGAAGGAGGAGAAGGGCAGCGGGGGCGGCGCCGGUGGAGCGGAGGAGGAGGAGGAACUGUGGUCGGACAGCGAACACAACUUCCUGGACGAGAACAUCGGCGGCGUGGCCGUGGCCCCCGCUCACGGCUCCAUCCUCAUCGAGUGUGCCCGGCGGGAGCUGCACGCCACCACGCCCCUCAAGAAGCCCAACCGCUGCCACCCCACCCGCAUCUCGCUGGUCUUCUACCAGCACAAGAACCUCAACCAGCCCAACCACGGGCUGGCGCUCUGGGAGGCCAAGAUGAAGCAGCUGGCGGAGAGGGCGCGGGCACGACAGGAGGAGGCCGCCCGGCUGGGCCUGGGCCAUCAGGAGGCCAAGCUCUACGGGAAGAAGCGCAAGUGGGGGGGCGCCGUGGUCCCCGAGUCCCAGCAUAAGGAGAAGAAGGGGAUGGUGCCCACCCGGCAGGCGCUGGCCGUGCCCACGGACUCAGCGGUCACCGUGUCCUCCUAUGCCUACACGAAGGUCACCGGCCCCUACAGCCGCUGGAUCUAGGUGCCAGGGAGCCAGCGUACCUCAGCGUCGGGCCCGGCCCGAGCUGCCUCUGUGGUGCUUUCGCCCUCACACCUGGGGGCGGGUUGGGGGUGCAGAAGUCUUUUUAUCUAUAUAUACAUAUAUAGAUACGCAUAUAUAUGUAUUUAUGGUCCAAACCUCAGAACUGACCCGCCCCUCCCUUCCCUCCCCCCACCCCCACUUCCCCAGCACUUUGAAGAAGAAACUACGGCUGUCGGGUGAUUUUUUUCGUGAUCUUAAUAUUUAUAUCUCCACAUUGGUUUUUUUCCCUCCCUUGUUUGGGGGGGCUUUUAUUUUCUCUUGUUUUUAAAACUCUAUCCUUGUAUAUCACAAUAAUGGAAAGAAAGUUUAUAGUGUCCUUUCACAAAGGAGUAGUUUUAAAUUCCAUUUAAAAUGUGUAUUUAUUGGAUUUUUUUUUUAAGUGACAAUUGUAAUGGUAAAGGAUCGGCAGGAAAGGCCAGAAGCACUCAUUCCUGCCCAGGUGUGCUGGGCCUGGUGAGCCUGGCCCUCUUGGGAGAUGACGAGGUUCUCUCAGCCAUCGGCCCCUCAUGAGCCAAGUGCAGGUCGUAGCCACCCACUGCAUCCCCCUGACAGACACGCCUUCCCUUCAGGGGAGGGAGCCCUCAGGACAGCUUCUGUCCUCUUCAGUAGGAUGGGAGAAUCUGUAGAAAAACCCCUGGGGUCCCUUUUCCAGUCCCCGGCUUGGAGUCGGGUAUGGGGGGGCAGGCGCACCCCAGGCCAGGCACCUGAGAUGCUGGCAUAGAUCUCCCCCGAAACCAGGUUGGAAGUAGAUAGCUUCAAGCUUGCUAGUCUCCACACUGAAUCCUCUCUGUCCAUUAGCUAUCAAGUCACGUGGUACCGUGGUCCCCUCGGCAGCACCUCGGGACGGAGCUGGAAUCAAGAGGUUCUCGGGAGCCUUUUUCCACCAAGCUGACUAGCCGAUGAAUACUGGCUGAAGGAAUUUGUCUUAGUGGCAGGUUUAAAAAAAAAAAAAUGCCUCCAAAGUCGAUGCUGAUACCGAAAAGGGCUACUGUAUCUUUAAGAACAAGAAGUCGAACCCAAGCUGUGAAAAGCCGAGCCUGGUGCUGCAGUGCUGUGCUGGGGCCUCCUUGAUCGGGCAGGCCGCCCUGCGGGACUCCGCACAGCAGUGAGACAGCUGUAACGCAUCUCCUUAUCCCUGGAUUUCACAUUGGACAAUGGUGCAUGCCUCACACCUGAGCCCACCCCUCCAUGCUACCAUUUGAGGAGUGGGCCUACACUUAACAAUUUUUAAAUGCAAGAGUCAAACAUUUUCAGCAGGUAGCUAUGAUUUUCCUCCCUAAUUGGUGCCAUUUCUCUAUUUGGUCAUUUUCUCCUUUCCUUCCUUCCUCCCCUCUCCACCCACUUGAACAUGCCCAUUCUAAAAUUCUGGUGCAUUCGUUCAGUUCUUUGAAAUGAGAAUGUGGUGCUUAAUUUUUUUGACAUUUGUUGAGAGAGGUUGGGCCUGACAGGUAGGAAGCAACAUUCGUCGACAGCACGUCAGACUUCUUGGAGUGUGUGUUUUUCCUGUGGUAUUAGCAGAAAUGAUGUCCAGCUACCCAUGUGGAUGUAUGUGGUGCGUGAGAGGCUUCAUAAGGACACAGAGGGGAAUAUGGCCACGCAGUGAUUGACAGCCAAACCCUGAGAUAAACAUCAGAUAUUUAUUGAGCAGUUUUAUUCAGAUGUGGGUCUUCAUAUGAGUUUAACAAUCAGAUGACGAUGCUAAAGGCAAGUUCCUGAGCUUCCAGGUGCCUUGUGUAAGAGCUGAGAAUCGACCCGCUGGGUGUUUACUGUAACUGUUCCAGCAGCACUGGCGGAGACUCGCUAUGAGAUGUCCUGAGCAUUUAUGUGGUCUGGUUUUAAUUGUAAAUAGUGAAAAAAAAUUUUUAAGCACUUUUGCCUAGAUUUAAACAGCAACUUGAAAAAAGUAUGUUUUAACAUGUAAUUGUGGGAGAAAUUGUAAAUAGUAGCUGAAUAUUUAACGUGCUUUGUCUAGCCUUCACUUUUACCAUAUUCUGUAAAGUUGCAUUUAUUUUACAGGACAAAAAUGAAAUAUUAUUGCUUUUGAAAUAAAUACCCAAGAGCUUAUCAGGAUUUCGAAUUAUUCAGAACUCAGAUUUAUAGGAAAACCUCUGACCUUCAGUUUGACAAGCUAAAGGAAGCAGAGUCUUUAAUGAGCAUGCUGAUUUUCUAGUUUUGAGGAAAAGUUGGGUCCUUUAAAUGCUAUUUUGCUUAACGCAUCAGUACUUUUAUGCAGGUCUCAUUUGACUCCGUGCUUAGGUAGAUGCGGGGGUGCCUUGAAAACUUCAUUUUAAAUUAUCUUAAACAAGAAAUACAAUAUUUUACAAAACAUUUGGAGAAUGUGACCGUCUGUAUGACCCGGGAAAGCCCCAGGUUGGCUGUUGGUUUGGAAGGUCCCGAGUGUAACCCAGGUGAUUCUGAUACUUGGCAUGUAUGAAUCUCCUUGAUGUGUGUUUAAUAGACUCUUCCCCUCAUCACCCUUGGUAGCAAAGCCAUUAGAUGAAAGGAGAAACCAAUACAAUCUAAAAGCAUGUGAUGUCUCUCCCCCACCCCCAACCCAAACAGCCUUUGGUUCAUAAAUUCUGGAUUAGCAAAUAGGCUGCUGAGAAGUGAGUCAAGAGGCAGUCUCCAUUGGAUGUCCCCAUGCCCUCCAGAACGGUGUUUCAGAGAUUAGGUGGUGCUGUUGCCAUGCUCAAGCCCAUGCUGAUUUUUACACACUACAUGUAUAACCUACCUCAAAUCUCAGUCAUUAAAUUAGCAUGCUUUAGACGUAUGUUUAAAAAGUAACUAUGCACAGCUCUUUAUCCCCUCCCCCUUGCUGCUGAAGGUUUCUUAAAGAGAAAAAUGGAAUUUUUAUUUUUUACUGGCACUAUCAUUUUUUAAGUCCUAAAGAUGAUUAACAGACAUUUUUAUCAUGAGAAGAAAAAUAAAGCCAUUGCAACUAAAGAACCUAACAGCAUGACCAAGUUUUAGGAAUAAUAGUCUAGCAACAGAAAUGAUGGAGUCCUAGAGUCAUCUCCCCCAGUGUGCCCUGUCCACAGAUGCCAUCCACGUGCAGUGCAGACAGUUGGUUCUUCUUUUGUUUUCCCUGCCUUUUUUGCAUGCAAGGAAAGUACUUGCAAAGUUUUGUGCUAAGAAGUUUUUAAAAUAAAAAAAUCGCUUUGCGGCAGGUUCUCGCAAAAUAACUGGUGCUAGCUCAAGAAACCGUUAUCUAACCAUCAGAAAUGUUGACUGAAGUGUUUCAUGGCUUUUGAGGUUUCUUGUUUUCGUUAUUGUUUGGUGUGUUUUCUGGCAGGGCCUGGGUUUCCCACUCUGGCUAUGUGGGUACUGCCUCGCCGUCUCACUGAGAUGACAGGUGCGCAGGGAAAGAGAUCCUACCCGCCCCUCUUGGUCCUCUCACCAGCCUCUUUUGGAAACAGUAGUUUGCAGAGCAAGGGAUUUAAAAGUGCUGAAGCAAGGAAGGAAGGAAGGAGCAGAUCUUAAUUGCUUUGUGCCCAACAGCAGUGGGUAUGCGAGGACGGGUGACAGUGAGUAGAUGGUAACCUGAUUCCAUUAAGAGAACCCAGCCAGGCUUCAUGAAGUUGACCACCGCCAGACCUCACACCAGGGCAGUGCUGCGGAAAUUAAAAUGAUAGCCCCGACGUGCCUCAACCAAUCUCUUUCCUUUUGUUACUGAAGUGUGUUUUAUGGACUAGGAAGCAUUUUUAUGAAUUGAAAUAGUCUAAAUAAAAUGGUGCUAUGGUGUUUUAAUGUGACUGUCCCUGAUCCUGUCCUGCUGAGGUGCUAUCAAGGUUCUGAAACCACAACCAACCAAAAACAAGGUGGGCUCCAGUCUCUUGGCUUCUUCCCCUGCCCCCUUUUGGUGCUGUCUCCUUAGACUUCUGUUUACGUGCUAGAACCUGCUCUGAGCAGUUUUUCUGUUUUGUUCUAUUCCUCCCUUGCUGGCCAGACAGAAAGGCAAGUCUCAAAGGCAGCCAGCCCUCUUACUGGGGCGGGGAGUGGGCCUGCCUGGCUUGGAGGUGGCGGGCACGCUGGUUUCACAUGUGUCCUCUUGGGUCUAUCAAGAAAGGAAGCAUGAAGAGGUUUGGGGUUUUUUUUUUUUUGGAGGAAGGGGAGGCAGGUACUCCUGCGUCUUCUAACAGGGCAGGCAUUCUCAUAGCCGACAGACGUUUUCUCCUGCUGUCCAGGGUGCUGACUAGAUGUCUCUGAGAGUUCCAAAGGUGCUCUGCAGGCUCGGGUGGGCGGAUGGGCCUCCUCCCCUCCCCAGCACUGGCCAGGACCGUGGUGGGCAGGGGGCUCAUUCCUUUGCUCCUCACAGCCUUUGCCCCAGCAUCCAGCAUUGCUUCUGCCUCUCAUUGGUAUCCCCUCGUGUUCAAACUAAAGGAAGGAGCUUUGCUCACUUGGUGCCACUGAGGCUGUUUUUAGUUGGUGCUAUUCUAAAUUUCUUCUUGGGUCCACAAAAGUUGAUAUUUUAAAAAUUCAACAGGAAGCUCCAUUUUGUGUCAUCCACUGUCACAAUAAUUUUUUUUAAAUACCUCAAAAACAGGACAUCAUGACAACUUUGGUAAAGUAGAUUCCAGGAGGCUCUGAUACGUACGGGUUGUCCAUUUGAUGACCUACUUGACCUUGAAGAAUCUGGGGUCAUUUUAUUUUUCAUUCUUCAGUUAAAAUGGCAGAAUGCUUAGAGGAAGGACUGUGGUUGACUUUUAUUUUGUUUGCUUUUAAGUUUUGCUUUUGAAUAAAAUGUGAAUUUCCUCUGCCCAUCUCAUUGAGCUUUUUCAGUCAUUGUUGCUGUCAUUUGAAAUGACUCCCUCACAACCUAUUUUUAUUAACCAGCUGCAUCUGCUGUAGUACAUGGCCAACUUCAACAUACCCUGGACCAACCUGAAUAUUUUUUGAGGUGCAUACCCCCAGCAUAGGUUAUACAGUCCCGCGCGCACUCGCACGCACAGGGAGAGUUUCUCCACGGGCGAGGCCCCGUCUCGGCACUCCCAGCCCUUCCUUCCGCAGAGCUGCCAACAAAAGAAAAGCAAUAGGCUUCUUCCCUGAGCAGAGAUUGCAGCACAGAAAUGCAAGGUCUACCGUCGCUUUUGCCUAAGAAUCGGUGAGAAUCGGCCGACUUCCCCGUUUGCUUCUCUUCUGAUAUCAGGGAUGCUUUUUGUAGUGGUAUCGUUUGCUCUCUUUUCUCACUUUGACUACCUGUCAUUCAGGGAUAACUCAUCAUUUAUCACAUGAGGAUUUUAAAAAUUCUAUUUGGCUCAUUUGAAUAUCCAAAUUUUCUUGGUUCCAGUACUUUUUUUUUUCUUUUGAGGGGAAAAAAGGAGGAGAAAAACAGGAGUGAUGUAAUUUCUUUUUCAUCUAUUCUAAUUAAAGAAACAAGGGCAGGUCAUAUUGUGGCAUAUUAAUGCAUUAGGCUUAAUCUAGAACCCCUGUAGCUUUUUGAUGUGUUUUAUUUCUUCUCUCUUUGAAUUCCUGUUUGGUUACUUGGCUUCCAAUGGAGGUGAACUUAACAACCAUACUUGAAUAUUCCGUCUUGACUUUGUAACUGUGGCUACUUGAAAUGAAGUUUAUCUGGGGUUGAUGGAUGAAUGGUAGAUUUUUGCAAUGUCUCAAGGCAAUAGGAUGUGUAUUAUUAAACUGUAGAUAUUCUUAGUACAGUAAAUUUAUGCUGAUAAUUUUAUUUUGUAUAAUUUUUACUUUUUUGUUAAUAUUUUUUCCUCCCACUUUAUUGGUUUGCCUCCUGAGCUACCCUCCUUGCCCUCCCUUCUCCCCCAGUGUUUCAGCAGAUUUAAUUUAGGGUGCCUAGAAAUUGCAAGUAUGUAUCCUUUUUUGAUUUGUAUUUUAUUAUAAUUUACACAAACAACUGGGUUUGUGAACUGUAUUACUCCUGGUAUCUUUAAAAUAUUGUGGGUGUUUUAAUAAAUUUUAUAUUUAUUUUUUGCACUCAAA